CUCGACUGUACUUCGUCGACAUCUCUCGCUCGAUGGACAUCGCAACAUCUGCAUUCACCGAGGCGGCCAGCCCGACUCCCGACCUUGGGGCUACAUUUGGGAUCACCCUCAUCGGCACAUGUGUUGGUCUUAUGUUGUACGGUAUGACAAUACAUCAGACGUAUAGGUACCUCCGCAUGUAUACCUCCGACAAGGGCAUUCUCAAGACGACGGUCCGCAUUCUAUUCCUUGCAGACACGAUACAUUCUAUGCUUUCAGUGCAUAUAUGCUAUUACUACCUCAUUCAGAGCCAAGCAGAUCACUCUAUGCUGCUUAACGGUGUUUGGUCCAUCAGGUCCAUUGGUUUGGUCACUCAGCUCGUCGUCACUAUUGUCCAAGGCUUCUACCUCCGACGCAUACGCAUCAUAGGAGCACAUGUCGUUGUACAAGCUGUGGUGGCAAUGCUUAUGCUUGGGGAGAUAGUGUCCAAUCUCGUCAUGACCGUAGCUUUGUUCGAGACAGUCAGUCUUGCAACCUGGGCCAAAAGCGCGUGGCUCGCGGCGGUCCCGUACGGUUUCACGAUCGUCACGGACGUCAUUCUCACCAGUACACUCAUCCUCUUCCUGCAUCGGAGUCGGACGGGCAUGCGGCAAACGGAUACGCUUCUGAACACAUUAAUCGCAUACACGAUCAACACCGGGCUUUUGACAACUUCUCUGAGCACGCUCUGCCUUUUCUUCACCAUACGACAACCCUAUAAUCUCAUCUAUUUCGCACUCAACAUGCCCAUCACGAAGAGCUACACCAACUCGAUGCUCACCGUCCUCAACUCCCGCCACGCGCUCGCAGAUCGUGCCUGCGCGACGACCGGAGACCUCGGAACCUUCGGCAUGGCUGCAUCCCCCAGCGUGCGCCUCAGCCACCUUCCGUCUUCGCGCAACGUUCCCUCGAUCUCUUUUAGGCGGAUGUCCACGGACGAUAGCGGAUUCGAGUGUUAG